AUGUCUAAAGAAACUGAGCCAUCCGAGGGUAAAACCACCCUACCCACUCGAGAAUUGGUGCUGUGCUUCGAUGGCACAGGAAACACUUUUCGUGCAGAUGGAGGCGAGAGCAAUAUUCUCAAGAUCUUUCGCAUGCUUGAUCGAACCAAGGAAAAUAGAUUCGCAGCAGCCGGUAUAGGUACAGACGUUACCAUGGCGUCGUUUAGCAGUCUAGCAUACCAGGCCGUGGCCAACCUGCCAACUAGCAGAAUUGUCGAUCAAGCACUCGCAACAUCAUUUAACGACCAUGUCAUCUCCGGCUAUCGCUUUCUCGCCCGCCGAUGGGUCCCCGGAUCCAGAAUAUAUCUUUUUGGAUUCUCUCGCGGCGCCUACACAGCUCGAUUUCUCAACGAAAUGCUUGACUUUGCCGGCCUAAUCUCGGCCGAUAACGAAGAAACGAUCCCCUUUGUUUGGGACGCUUUCAUCAGGUGGAAGUUUGCGGAGUCUGAACAGGAGAUCAAAGAAACAGAAGCAUCUCUGCGGAUGUGUCGAGAAACGAUGUGCCGGUCUCCUGGCCUAGUUCAUUUUCUCGGACUCUUCGAUACCGUCAACAGCGUCGCUGAGUUCAGCCGCGUGGUCGACAAGGAGAUCGAAGUCAGGCCCAGUCCAAAGAUUAUGCGACACGCGGUUAGUAUUGAUGAGAAGCGGAUCAAAUUUCAGCCCGUGUUAUUCAAACCUCCGAAAUUGUUCGGCGAGAAGCCGAAGAUCAGUCGCACCAGCACAUGGGCGGCAAAAGCGGAAUCAGCUAUCUCCCACAGUCCUCGGCUUGAAGAUUUUGAGGAGGUAUACUUCGCCGGAGAUCACAGCGAUGUUGGCGGUGGAUGGCCAUCCGAAAAGCCAGGGCCCAGCCAGAUACCCCUUAUGUGGAUGGUACAGGAGGCUAUUUGGGCCGAGCUCACCUUUGACCCUAUCCAGCUUAAAAGGCACGGGUGCUUCAAUCCGAGGAUAGAGGACUACGAUCCCAAGAUUUUGGAAGCCGCCGAGAGGGCUCAAAUCCAUGACUCUCUAGGAUAUGACUCCGGGAGAGGAGUUGAGACUCUCUUUUGGCGCGUUAUGGAAUAUCUCCCUAUCAAGCGACCAAAGGUCGGACCAGAUGGGAACGUUCGUGAGACUCGGUGGCACGGAAGGGGCCUGCGACGACCAUUGCCAGAGGAAGCCAAGAUUCACGCCAGUGUCCUCCACCGACUGGGUUAUGAUCGUGAGUAUCGGCCUUUCAAUCUUGGGAUGGGAAACAAAACCACAGUAGAGGAGAAACGGGAAGAGCUACAGCAACUUACACGGUGGAAGCGCGUCGUCCACGAUAAGCUUUGCGAAUACUGGGUUAAAAUGCCGGACGAGAGAGCGAGACAAUGA